AUGGGCGAUUUUGUGGUGCGGCGCCUGUUUAGCGCGCCUGUUGGAGAUGCUCUAACAGCGUGGAAAAACGAGCGGGGGUGUCGCUUGCAGCCUCUGGUAAAACUCGUUCGCACAAAGGAGAGAGGCCGAAAAGAGGAGACGCUGAGAGAGGAACAGAUACAUCCUCGUCGCAGCAAGACCACACGACGGCUCACCCUCGUCAGCGACAGCUCCCCUCUCCCUGUAAUCCUUAGCCCCUUGCCAUCUGGGUGCGCCGUCCCCUUCCAGGCACAGCUGCCGGCGACCUCUCCUUCACCAUCACCAUCUCUCCACCCUGAGCUCCGACCUACCCACCAUGUCAAGCAGGUCCAGAUCCGCCACGGCUCCCGCAGCCACGCGCCGGCAGACCAAUCGGGUGCGCAGGUGCACGACGUGUGGUUAUACUCUUCCACUCUCGUGGCCACCAUUCUGCUUCCUCCCCUCCCCUGGUUCAGCAGCAGCAGUAGGCAGGACAUGAAGCCGUGGCUCUUCAAGGUCAUCCCUGGCCCCACCGACAAACCCAGGAUUGCCGUGGACUACAAGGUGUACCCGUGCAAUGCUUGUUUCCUUGAAUCAGAAGCUCGAUGCAAGCAAACUGCAGUGUUUAACUGAAUGUGUUUUGAUACCAUUCUCCGUUUUAGCUAGGGAGAACAGAUUAGUGUUUUUUGUGCACGCUAUUCCUUCGGAACUUGUAUGUCUGUGAUCAAAUAACUUUUAUGACACAUGAAGUAUAACAGUCUAUUCUGUCUCAUUUGAUCAAUUAAUCUAAACACUGAUGGUCGGUUGUAUUUCAA